GUAUAGAUAGAUAAUCCUUCAAAUGAAUCCACCUGCCAUUUCUUGCUCUCUCUGUCAGACAGUCUGUGCUCUCUCCCUCUCUCUCCGCCAACCUUCCUCACACAGAUUUGUCUAAAAUUCCACUAAUUCUUCAGUCCCAAUCAAGAUUUUGUUUCACCACUUACUCAUAAACUCCAAGUUCACAUUUUUAAGAUUCCCCAAAUCAGACAAUUCUAGAAACCACUUUGAUUUCCCAGAUCAAUGAGAAAUGGAGCACAAGCUUAAACUCAUACUGCUGUCUACUCUAACCCCAUUUUCACUCUUAGCCAUUAUUUUUCUCUCAAUAAUUUUGUGUUUUCGAAGAAGAGAUUCGAAAAAUGAUGAUGUGGGAUUGGAUUUGGAGGGCAAGGGGGUGGAUGGGGUGUUGAAGUUGAAUGCAGAGGAGCUGGUGAAAUUUGAAGGAGGGGAAGAUCUUAGUGUGGUGGAGAUUCUUGAGGCGCCUGGAGAGGUUAUUGGGAAAUCGAGUUAUGGGACUUUGUAUAAAGCUGAUUUGGUUAAUUUGAAUUGUGUGGCAUUGCUUAGAUUCUUGAGGCCUACUUGUACAUUGAGGAUGAUGGAGGUUUUGCCUGCUAUUGAGCUGCUGGGCUCUGUUAGGCACCCCAAUUUGGUGCCUCUCAAUGCCUUUUAUGCAGGCCCCAGAGGGGAGAAAUUGAUGGUUCUUCCCUUUUACACCUCUGGGAAUUUGGCUCAGUUCAUCAAAGAUGGAAAUGGGGAGGCUUAUAAAUGGCCUACCAUAUGCAGAAUCUCCAUUGGUAUUGCUAGAGGGCUUCACCAUCUCCAUACAGCGUUGGAGAAGCCGAUAGUCCAUGGUAACCUCAAGUCGAAGAACGUGCUAUUGGGUGCUAAGUAUCACCCGUAUGUCUCAGAUUUUGGGGUGCGUCUGCUGUUGAGUCCCAGUACAGGGCAACAAAUGGUUGAAGCGUCUGGAUUCGAGGGUUAUAGAGCCCCCGAGCUGAUUAAAAUGAGAGACGCCUGCGUGGAGAGUGACAUCUACAGCUUAGGGAUCAUAUUUCUGGAAUUGCUAUCCGGGAAACAGGCGGUCGAUGGGAAGGAUCAAGAUUCGUAUCUGCCAAUCACCAUGACUAGCGCAGAUUUGCAUCACCCGGGGAUUCUUGUUGGUCUUAAGAACGACGAGAGGGUAGUCGCCGAAGACGGUAUGCUCAGAUAUUUCCAGCUUGCAACCGCGUGCUGCUCGCCUUCCCGACGACGCCGGCCUAACAUAAAGCAAAUCCUGGAUAAGCUUCAAGACAUUGCAAAGUGAAGGAGUCGAGGCAAAAAGAGUGCCAAGUCAAAGAAUGAUGUUUGAACAUGGGAAACACUAACUUAGGUUGUGAUGAAGGUCUCAUUCAUCCAAGCACGUUUUGAUCAUGAAAAGGAUGACUUGUCAAAGGAAAGGAGACUGAGUUUUGCCAAAGGUGAGACCAAUUUCUCAAAUGAGAAAAGGGAAAAGGAAAGAAAAAUAUGUUCAAAGUAAGAUAAAAAAAAAACCCAAAGUUUCCGGCUUCGGCUUACAAGCAUUGCAUCGUGUUUGUGGAUGGUUAUUCUGCGGUGGCCAAGGAGAUGCCGGAGUCAUAGCCGGUGGGUUGUAUUCGAUAUCUGGUUCUGUAACUUUAGUCUACUUCAUUAACCAUUCUUCUCCUAUAAUUUUUUGUAAGGUGCAAUGCUAUUGUUUUGUAUUUGGAUGCUCUCUUUCACAGCUGAGACAUUACAAAAGAAACAAAAAUCUUUGCAACAGCAUGCUGUUUUGAA